AACAAGCUCUAUCUAUAUCAACGCGAAUCGUUGCUAGAUUUAAUUUUCCGAGAUCAAAUCACAAACCUUAGCAUAAUCCUCACGCAAUUGCAUUCUUUUCUUUCUUUAUAUUCACCAAACCAAACCAAACCAAACUUGCUUCAAUUUCAAAACCCUACACAACAAAGCACCAAGAAUCCAACUAUCCAAGAUCAUCAAUCAAUCAAUCACCAACAACAACAUGAGUUCUCAGCAGAACGAUGGCAUGAGCUACUCCUCCCCUUCGGAACCAAAACCCUGCGCCAACAACUGCGGCUUCUUCGGCACCGCCGGCAACAGCAACCUCUGCUCCAAGUGCUACCGCGAAUCCAUCACCCAAGGCGAACGCGCCGCCUCCGCCAAAGCCGCCGUCGAGAAAUCCCUUCUCAUCCCCGUCACCGCCGCCUCCGCUGAUCCGCCUGCUCCUGCGGCGGAUCCCUCUCCCUCCGCCUCUGCUGAUCCGGCGUCUGGCCUUGACGCGCCGCCGUCGUCGAACCGAUGCGGUUGCUGCAAGAAGAAAGUGGGCUUGACCGGGUUUGUGUGCAAGUGUGGGGCCACGUUCUGCGGGACCCACCGGUACCCCGAGAAGCAUGAGUGCUCGUUUGAUUUCAAGGUUGUGGGGCGUGAUGCUAUUUCGAAGCAUAAUCCUGUGGUUAAGGCUGACAAGAUUCAAAGGUUUUAGGUUAUUGUUUUUAGAUUUAGAUCAGAUUAAUGUUAGGGAAUGAUGUUUCUUUGACAAAUUCAUAAUUGACUUUGGUUAUUUUGAAGCUUUGAAUACAAGAAAAAUUUGAUUGUUCUUUA